AUGAGCUUACCAUGGCCUGAGAGCUGUAGCAGCACAAGCCACUGUUUGAAGACAUCGCCAUUGCUCGAUGUCUCUGCCGAAGGCGAGAGGAGUACGCUGCUCAAGCGCGAUUCGAACCUCGGGAAGUCAUCUGCUCCCGUUGACAUGAUGCCGGAUGGUACCGGCGCUCCUGGGCAACUGAAAUCCGGCUUGCGAGAUGCUUCGGCCCAGAUGCACAAACGCAAGUCUGUUCACAGUUCUUUUGAUAUCGGGGAUCAUCAAAGCGGUCAAGCCAAUUUCAAGAAACCCAGGCGUGGCUUUGGGGAAAAGCCAUUACGUCAGAAGGGUUACGUCCUUCCAUCUACAGUUUGGCAACAUAUCUUCACCUUAGUGCAUCCUAAAGACUUAGGCAACUUAUUACAAACGAGCAGGUUAUUCAAUAUGUGUCUCGAUCCGCGAUCGUCAAUCAGCGAGCAGCAAAUUCAUGAGACGGUUACAGGUUGUUGCAAACCUAUCACGCCUGACAUCAUCUGGCAAUCGUCUCGGAGGCUCUUCUGCCCCAGGAUGCCGGCACCCUUACAAGACAAGACCGAGCUCGAUAUGUGGCGCUUGUGUUGCUCCGUAGUCUGUGAACGGUGCGCAACGGUCAAGGAACCUCAUAAGCAAGACAAAACCACUUCCUGUCGGCAAGGGCCAGGGGCUGACGGGUUGGCGACUGUGUUUGCUUUUGGCACUGUCUGCUGCGGCCAGUGCCUACUGAAAGAUUCCGUCAAGGCGAGUUCUAUUCUGUACGAAAUUGAUCUGUUGCUCUCAUCAACCACACCCUCGUCACUCAUCCCUGCCCUUCCUUUCGUAUUUGUUACGAAUGAGCUUCACGUGGUCUCGCCGAGCACUCUGUCGGUCGAAUCCAAUGAAGAAAUGCCACAAACGACAAAGGUCUUUUGGGCCCCGCACAUUGAGACAGCUAAGGCCGAGCUUCAACGGGCACAAGAUCUAGGUGCCGCGGCAGUCGAGGAAUGGCUCAAGGGUUUGGAAGCCCGAGGGAAAGAUGCCAGGCUAGACGCCUCGCGAUGGGAGAAAUGGGCUCUCACUGGAGGCUUGUUGCAUAUGCGGCAGCCUGCUUCGUCAGCUUCAACGAUCAUCGCGGAGGAACAGCGCUUCGAGAUCCAAGUUCCACACAAUGAGCUUGAAGCCACCGUGCCUCCCGACACCUCGAGCCGGUCAAACAUGAUAGCGAAUGCACCGCAGACAGUAUCUCAAGGUCGCCAAGAGAGGACUCGAGAAGAGGCUGCCGCGCGAAAAGCCUUGCGACGGAUCGAGAUUGAGCGGCGGGCUAUGUUGAUUGAUCCACCAUUGCCGCCGAACGUUCUCGUGCACAUUCCCUCAUUUCAGGCAGCGAUUCAGAUCACCGCAACGCUCGAUGACGAUGCUUGGCGUCUCCUCCAGCCGCGAUUGCUUGCCCAGCGCGCUGAAGCUGAGCAGGAGGAAAAUAAGAAGAAACUCGCAAAUAUUCAAAGGCCAGUUUUUGAAGCAGCCGAGCCCGCACCAGUGGAAGUUUCGGAUAAGGACUGGGACGACAUUCAAGGCCCGGUACGUGCGAGCAUAGCCAAGUAUGCCGACGAGACGAUUCGGAGCAAUUGGGCCAAAGGCCGUAAAGUCAACAGGGACAAUAGCCCGCGAUUUGCAGCUGAUGUCCUGGUCUCUGUGCGGGCCAGAUUCUACUCAGACGUGGCAAAGAACGCCGCAGAUGCCAUUGCAAAUGGCCGACAACCACCGGCCGACCCCCCACAGGGACCCUUCACACAAAAGCUAACUCUCGAAAACAUGAAAUGGGUGUUUGAUGUGAAAAUCAAGGCCCACACCGAGUCUCAUCGCAAGGAGUUGUUUUUGUGCAACGGUUGUGACAGUAAUAGAUAUUACGGCUUCGAGGGUGUCAUACAGCACUACGCGGCGAAGCAUACCAAAGCUUUGAGUCUUGGUAAUGUCGUCGUUCAUUGGAGGGCGGAGUGGCCACCAGAGUCGCCAUUUAGUACCCUUCCUCGAACGUCGAAGAAACCGCGCCACAAUCCAUCGAAUGGGCCCCAGCAACAAGGAGCUUCUGGUCCGUCGUCACAUCAAGGACACGAAGCCUUCUUUGCGAACGGAGGCAAUCCCGCUCCGAUACAAUACCCCUUCUCAGCUGGGGCUGUGGCGCAAGCAGGCCCUCCCCCACAACGUGCUGUGUCGUACGGUCCAUCUCCAUCAUAUCACGGAGUUGGUGUCCUCGAUUCCGGCAUUUACGGCCCUCCAGCGUUCGUUGCAGGCGUAUCAGCAUCGCACCCACCUGCGCCUCCAGGACAUGGGCUAUACGAUCAUGGCCCGCCGCCGGAGUUCCCUCCAAUUAUGAUGGCGCCGCCUUACCUUACAACAAAUCAGUAUAGUGCAAACAAUGCAGCUGAUUUUUACCCCGGUGCACAGCCACAAUACCACGUGUCCCAAAGCAGCCUGUACCAGCCGACAUAUCACGCUCAGCUCGAGAAUCUCGUGCGUAACGCAAGAGGUGUUUGGAACACGCUCUCCAGCAUCAAGGACAUACCAGGGCCUUUGAAGGUCUGCGUUGCAUUUUACCACGUAGUGAAACGCUUCCGAUUGGCUUUCUCAGAAACGCCAAGUCUUCAAAUGUUCAACGACGGUCUUUCGAACCACAAAGGUAUGCGUCCCGUCCGGAACGUGAAUGGCUUAAUGUGCCGAGCUUGCACACUGGGUUUAGGCAAUGCUCCUGCUCCGCACGUCCUCACGGAGAGAAAGACCUUUUCUCUGCCUCAGCUCGUCAAUCACUUCGAGAGUCUCCAUCUCGGCUUUCAACAUGCCGAACCCCAAGGCCGAAUGGAUAUGGACUGGACGCAAGACAUGCUGUUGCUACCAGAAAUGCCUGGGCUAGGUGCUAUCAAGGCGACUCUUGGGACUGGCGGUCAUAAGUUCAAUCUAAUGUACGAAGCUGUCCCCUGGGUAUUUGAUCAUACAAGAGAACCUGUUCGCCCAUGGCCCCGAGCUGACGGAUCUGGUGACGAGUUGCGAGAGCCGGACCGGGAAGAACCCGAAGAUAUUCGACAGCACUGCGAUACGCAGAUCUGGAGGGAACGACUCGAGGACGACGUGAUAGUGGCGGCAUCUCGCAGCUCCCAUGCUGAGUCACAUGGGAAUAUCAGCGCUAUGCAGCAAAUUGGCCCAGCCUACAAGUUGAACCCUGGACAGAGUACUUCACAUCCGGAACGGCGUUCGAAUCUGUCGGGAGAUGGCAGUUCUCGUGGGCAGUCUCGUGGGCAGUCUCGUAAAUCCAGCCUUUACUUGGCUGAGCUGCAUACCGAUUCUUAUCCGAGGCGCGGCUCGAAGGACCACUCAGGAUUCUACGCCAGAUUCGACCGGGCAGAGUCACUUAGGCCUUAUGGUUUGCUCCAGCAAGACUCAGUGACCCAAUCAGAUGGGGUGGCGCUUGUGGAGGGAAGGUCCGCCUGUUCGACCACGCAGCAGUCAAACGAGCCUGAUGACUUCAAUUUAACUGCUGCUCUGGAGUCACACCUAGCCCGAGAGCGCGACGAGCCCGUGCGGUACCAAGCAUAUCAACCACUAAGCAGAGUGCGUGGUGAGGUCUGGGAAGGACCAACACACGAGAUUGACUCGGUCUCGAAUAGCGAGCACUAUCAAGUGAUGGAAAGCCGGACACCUCCUCGCCAUCCAGCCCUACGUGGAGAAAAGCACCGCUACUCUGCAUCAAAUGAUUUGCCUGUGGACCGAUUUCACGAUGAUCCUUAUAGGGCAACGUGCCCACAACGAACGCCAACGGGGCCGGACUUGUCGGGCCAUGUUGGCGCCCGGCAGAGUACUGGAAGCUUUUAUACCCGCGAAGCACCGCCAACGCCCUACGAAGUCUCGUACGAAGAAGCUUACGAAAUAGUCCAUGUGAGGGAUGCAGAGGGAGAAUAUGUGAUCAGGCGGCCGGCCAGGUAUGCAUCGCACAGAGAAGACCAUUCAGCAGGCAGGGACCGGGAAAUACACUCGACAGCUCGACGCAGAUCAGACCACACUCCGCUCCAAGAGGUCGCGUUGACUGUGCAACCGUCACUAGUUCAAAUGCGACGAUCUCGGGCACCCCCAAGGCAAGCACCACAGGAUAUCUCUCAUUACGAAGAAUACGAUCCCAGGAACCCGGCUCCAGUUUCUCACCGUGGUGGCGGUCGCCAUGUCGGAUACUGA